GAGCAGAGUUUGCAGUGCAGACACAAUUUCCCCUGUCCUCGCGUUACCUUUGCCUACGGUUUCACAUUGUACUUGCCGAGAUCUCGUUGAUGUGUAAUGCGCACGCGCAAACAAGCAUUUGGCGGGUGACUAAAGUUGUAAACCACAGGUUAAAGAGCCUUACUGUUGACAAGUUAAUUCAUGCCAUUCGAUGGAGUCAUCAACAUAUAUAUUAUUCAAUUGGAAAGGCAAACAAUGGCCGGCCAAGGUUUUGAGGAGAGAUAAACUAAAAUCAAAGCAUAGGAAUGAUGUUGAAGUUGAACUUCUCGGUGAAGGUCCCAGAGUGUGUGUGCACGAGAAGAAAACGCAACCGAUGACUCUGGAACGUAUAGAGCGCAUUUCUGCCCGUUUGAUUAAAUCGACUUCCAGACCAAAGGACACAAUGAGAGAGUUGAAACACCGCAAGGCGUUGCGGUUGGGAUUCGAAAUGUGUCGAGAGAUCCCGACGUCUUCCCUGCCAGAAUACCCAAGCACAGCAGAAGUUCGACGUGACCGACGGGUGACGCUUGAUGGAGCGAGAGGUAUCGCCCGGACGAAUGUGAAGACAACGGAUGCAAACGCAGACGAGCAUGACAAGCAAGGCCCACCCCAACCAGCCACAGGGGAUACAAGCCCAAACCAGAAACCUUCAAGCCACAAGGUUGUUAGGAAGUGUCGAUCUGCUUUAAGAAGGCCGACCUCACAAACUCCAAGUACCAGCUUGUUGCAGUGUUCGAAGGAAGAAACCAGUCUCAUCCACCACAGUGCUCCACAGCGAACCAGACAAAGCAACUCAUCACCUGAGAGCUUCGUAGGCCAUUGCAGCCCCAUUUCAAGGGCUUGCUCUAGGCAAGGCCUGACAAUUAGCCUGGCUGAUCCUCAGGAAUCAAAGCCUGAAGCCAUACCAUGCAGCAAGGGAAAUAAAGGGGUGGUCACGUCAUUGUUCGACCCUUCCAGUGAGCUGACGGUCACCCCACCUCAGUCCCUCCCUCUGAAAGAGCUGCAAGGGCAGACGGUCCCAGCCGACAGCCAAGACCACGACGAGGAAGAUCUCCCCAGGUUCUGCAUGCAAAUGGAGGAACGAGCUCUCACGAAGGGUGUGUGUGUGUGGUGCAAAGUGAGAGGAUUCCCCUACUGGCCAGCCAUGGUCAACUGUCUUUACCGCAAGGAAAAGAAAGCAGGUGUUUUGUUCAUUGAUGAAUUCGUUUUCCAAAAGAGGAGGACUCUAAAUGGAAUCAAGGUCGCCUUAAGAAACCUAAAACCUUUUGAUGGUGAGGAAACUGCUGAGUUGGUGGACAAAGCCAGGGACAGGUAUGGUGCUGCCAUCGACAACUGUCUUGAACUUAUUCGGGACUAUAAGAUACGCAUUGGUUGUGGUUCGUUUUCUGGUUCCCUGGUAGAGUAUAUUACAGAUGACAUCAGCAUUCCAUUGAGGAGGCUUUAUCUGGGCUCACCCAUCAAGAACAUUUUGAAGGACCACAAGUCACCAGUUGACCAUCAGAACAUUAGCAGCCCCUGUACCCAGGACGUACAUUCCCCUGACCAGGAAGUACACUCCCCUGACCAGGAAGUACACUCCCCUUACCAGAAACUACACUGCCCUGACCAGGAAGUACACUCCCCUUACCAGAAACUACACUGCCCUGACCAGAAACUACACUGCCCUGACCAGGAACUACACCCCCCUGACCAGGCAGUACACCCCCCUGACCAGGCAGUACACCCCCCUGACCAUGCAGUACACCCCUCUGACCAGGAACUAAACAGUUGUAAGGCGGCUCACAACCGCAAUAAUGAGAAAAUGGUGCACUUCAUUGUCAGAGAGCGGGGUUUGGAGGGGCACCUACAGGUGAGUGAGGCCGUCAUCAGUGGCAGUGUGUUAUCUAAGUGGCUUCAGGCCUACAAACGACGCAGUCGUAAAGUUGUUAAAACCUACAUUGAGGAUGAUGAGCAACUGGACCAGGUCUUCUACUAUCUGAAGGAUGUUCUGGAGAAAACAUCUCCUAGUUUAUCAGAGUUGGAGAAGAUCCACUUCAUUUUGGAUGUUCUCUUACCAGAGGCAGUCAUCCAUGGAAUCUCAGUGGUUGAAGGUAUAUCUGUCAAAAAGGCAGAAGAUAAGUAUAUGCAGUGGCCUUUUGUCAGUGAAAGAGAACGGAAGGAGUUUGACUUCAUGAUUGCCAAGCAGAUGAAGAAAUGGCACAACAAAGAUGACGUAAAGCCAUAACAAUAACUUGUGACCUGUAUUGGCUGCAUUUUUUGGGCAGCAAGCUUAUUUUGUUCUAUUUUAAAUGUAUUUUGACAGGAAACUGUUGUAAUUUAUGAUAAGGGUUGAUAUAUUUAUUGUUCUUCAGUUGUCUUAAUACAUCUUUGACUUGCGUUUGUAAACUGACUUACACACGUUGCAAAUAAAGUAACAUUUUC